CUCAUCCCCUCUCUCGCCGGCCCUCUCCUCCACCCCUCCACCCCCUCCUCUUCUUCCUCUUCCUCGCUGUCUUCCUUUCUUCCUCCCCAUUUUCUCACUCCCUCUACUCCUAUUUUUAAUCUCCCCACCCUUCCCUCCCCCCACCGGGCUCUCCAUGCCUGGUAUCGGCUCCGGCGUCUAAGUCCGCAACACAGCUCCAGUUUGAACCAUGCCGAUCCGUCCGUUGGAUGAAUGGGCCGCUACCCGCACCCAACAUCUCCCCCUCUCCGCCCUCAAAGGAGCGGUUGUCGGUAUCGAUGCGUCGCACUACAUUUCUCAACACCUCCUCCAACCCUCCACACGCGAGCCCCUUCUGAUCGCCCUGGGUGGCUUCCCGUUCGCACUCAAGAGCAACAUCGAGAAAGAAUUGCAGGUCUAUAAGGAUCUGGGCGUGGGCUGUAUUUUCGUGUUCAACGGUCUCGACUUUGGCAAAAAGGAUCAACGACCCCACGUGCAGCAGGAGUCGGUCCGGGCAUUCGAGCAGGCCUGGGACCUCUACGAUCAACAACAGGCCGAUCAAGUGGUGGACGCAUUCAGCAGCGCGGGUACGACACUAGUUCUGGUUCUUGAAGCGCGUGUCUGACUGUCCUCUGUCCUAGGCACCCCUCGUCCCGAGUCCCUCUACCAAUUUUUGCAGCGAAUUCUCCUCCAACAUGGCAUCGACUAUAUUGUGGCCCCAUAUAGUGCUGCCGCUCAGGUACG